AGGUCGAAAAGACUUUCGAUUUUUAUUCUGCUUGUCACUGGCGCGGCCCCAGCCAGUCGGUUGGCAACAAUCGCACGAGCAAGAUGCUGUUGCUCGCCGUCGCCGCCGCCGUCCUCACCGCAACAGUGGAUGCGCAGCAGCGAGGAGUGAAGCUGCAGGACCUGACGCUGUCCCUGCUGGAGCGUCCGACUGAGCCCGUUUUCAUGCCGAAGGGCGACAAGGGCAUCGUCCUCGACGUCCCGCAAAAUUACCUCACGGACAAGUACCGUCCGCAGGCGUCGGUGCUGAAGAACCGGUUCAAAGAAACGGACAACACGCAGGUGACGGUCAAGGGCAUCACGGUGCCGGACAUCUCGGCCCUGCUGGUGCUGCCCCGGCGCGCCACCUUCUCCACCUUCGUGCCGCUGCACCGACAGCUCGCCGCCAGGCUCAUCGCCAUCUUCAUAGGAAUGCGGAACGCGGAGGACUUCGUGUCGGCGGCCGCGUACAUCAGGGACCGCGUGAACCCUGGGCUGUUCGUGUACGCCUUCUCGGUGGCGGUGCUGCACCGGCCUGACACCAGGGACCUCCACCUGCCGCCCCUCUCCGAAAUGUUCCCUGACAAGUUCGUCGACGGCGGCGUCUUCGUCAGGGCCAGAGAGGAGGCCAACGUGCUGCUCGACGAGACAGUCAGGUCUCCGAUCGAGAUUCCGAUGGACUACACGGCGACGAAUCUGGAGCUGGAGCACCGCCUUGCCUACUUCCGCGAGGACCUGGGCAUCAACCUUCACCACUGGCACUGGCACCUGAUCUACCCUUUCGAAGGUCCACGAGAGGUGGUGGCGAAGGACCGUCGCGGCGAGCUGUUCUACUACAUGCACCAGCAGAUCAUCGCGCGCUACGACUACGAGCGCAUGUGCAACAAGCUGCCGCGGGUGAAGCGGCUGCAGAACCUGAACGACCCCAUCGAGGAGGCCUACUUCCCCAAGCUGACCAGCCAGGUGGCCAGCAGGAACUGGGCCGGCAGACCUAGCGGCGCCGUGCUCAGGGACGUCAACCGCGAGGCCGACCAGCUCAAGUUCGACAUCGCCGAGCUGCAGCGCUGGCGCGACCGCAUCUUCGAGGCCAUCCACAAGGGCAGGAUCGACCUGCCGAACGGAACGACGAUGGCCCUGACUGAGCGCGACGGCAUCGACGUUCUGGGCAAUAUAAUCGAACCUUCCGACCUGAGCCCGAACCGCCAGCUGUACGGCAACAUGCACAACCUGUUGCACGUGGCCGUGUCGCUGGUGCACGACCCUGACCAGCGCCACCUCGAGACCUUCAGCGUGAUGGGCGACUCGGCGACGGCAAUGCGCGACCCUGUCUUCUACCGCGUGCACUCCAUGGUCAACGACAUCUUCACCGAGCACAAGAACACCCUGCCCAGGUACACCGUCCAGCAGCUCGACUUCCCUGGCGUCAGGGUGGUGGGCGUGUCGGUGCAGACGCCGAGUGCGGAGGCCAACGUCCUCGAGACCUUCUGGCAGAAGAACGUGGUCGACCUGAGCCGCGGCAUGGACUUCAACCCGCGCGGCUCCGUGCUGGCCAAGUUCACGCACCUCAACCACCGAGACUUCCAGGUCACCGUGACUGUCGAGAACCAGGGUCAAGCCAGACAGGCGCUGGUGCGUCUCUUCCUCGCGCCAAAGUUCGACGAAAGAGGGCAGCAGUGGUCUUUCGUCGACCAGAGGAACGUUUUCAUCGAGCUUGACAAGUUCAUCGUCAACCUGAAACCGAAGAGGAACGUGAUCACGCGCGAGUCUCGCAUGUCGUCGGUGACGAUUCCGUUUGAGCGCACGUUCCGCGACCUGGAGCUCAACCGGCCGCCGACAAAUGGCAGCGGAACCGUUCAGGACGAAUUCAACUUCUGCGGCUGCGGAUGGCCGCAGCACAUGCUCAUCCCCAAAGGCAGCCCUGAGGGCUACCCCAGCGUCAUCUUCGCCAUGGUUUCGGACUACACGACCGACUGGGACCAAUCGGCGGCGAACCGCAAGCCUGGCGCGUGCUGGGAUGCGGCGUCGUACUGCGGCAUCAGGGACCAGGCGUACCCUGACCGCAGGGCGAUGGGCUACCCGUUCGACCGGCUGCCGCGCCCUGGCGUCGUCAACACCGAGCAGUUCCUCACGCCCAACAUGAUCAUGGGCGACGUGCUCAUCCGCUUCCGCGACACCGUCUUCGACCCCUUCCUGCCCCAGCAGCAGCAGCAGCAGCCGCAGCGGCCGCAGGCCGCCCAGGGUAGGCCUCCCAACAGGCCCCAGAACAGGCCACAGAACAACAGGCCCAACCAAGGCUGAAGACACAAAUUAAUUUUAGUUUUGUCAAAUUUCCGAAUAGCUUCGAAAGUUGAGCUGUAGCGAUAAAUAAAUAUUUUUAUACCGUCAAAA